AUGGAGAAGCUGAAAACUACGUUCCCACCCGUCACAGAUCCAAGGAGCGGUUUCAACCCCGCUUCCAGAAGCUUCCACAGCCUCAAGCCACCACUCCUCCUCCCUCCUCCCGACGUCGCCAUCUCUGCCGCUUCCUACAUCCAUGUCCUCCGUUGCAACUCGCACUUUCCGGACUCCUCCACCGCUGUUAUCGACUCCACCUCGGGCAACCGCCUCUCCUACGGCGAACUAAUACACCGCGCCGAAACCCUUGCCGCGAACCUCGCCACAGUUUUCAAACUCUCCAAAUCCCACACCGCGCUCGUUCUCUCAUCAAACAAUGUCCAAGUUCCGAUCCUCAGUUUCGCACUCCUCUCCCUCGGCGUGGUCAUCUCCGCCGCGAACCCUCUCUCCACGGGCUCCGAGCUCAAGCGCCUCUUUCAUCUAAGCAAACCCACGAUUGUCUUCGCAGUGAGUUCAAUCGCGGGAAAAACAGGCCAGUUUCAUGUCCGAACGGUCCUCCUCGGCUCGCCCGAGUUCGAGUCGCUCACUCGAACUAAGAUUCAGUCUCAGAGUCCACUCACGCCCCCCACGCCGGUGACUCAGUCCGACGUGGCAGCGAUUCUGUACUCGUCGGGCACGACGGGGAAGGUGAAGGGCGUGAUGCUGACGCACCGUAACCUAACCGCGAUAGUCGCAGGAUUCGACGCCGCUCGCAUGAAGCGCGCGGAGCCUGCCGUGUACCUAUAUACGGUGCCGUAUUUCCAUGUGUACGGAUUCACGUUCAGCCUGGGGGCGAUGGUGCUGUCACACACGGUGGUGAUAAUGGAGAGGUUCAGUCUGAGGGCAAUGCUGAGCGCCACGGAGAAAUUCAAAGUGACGCAACUUACGGUUGUACCGGCGCUGAUGUUGGCUUUGACACAAGACAGUGUUACAGACGAGUACGAUUUGACGUCGUUGGAAGGGAUCGUGUGCGGUGGAGCCCCACUGAGGAAGGAAACCGAUGAAGCUUUCAAAGCCAAGUUUCCAAACGUUUUCGUCACGCAGGGAUACGGUUUAACUGAGUCUGCGGUUGCCCGAACCACCCCGGAGGAGGCUAAUCAGGUGGGAACAGUAGGAAGACUGAUUCCAAACAUUGAAGCCAAAAUUGUGAACCCAGAAACAGGGAAAGCCAUGUUUCCACGUGAAAAGGGAGAACUGUGGAUCAAAGGACCUUACGUCAUGAAAGGUUAUGUUGAUGACCCAGAAGCAACUGCAGCAACUUUGGUGAACGGGUGGUUAAGGACAGGGGACCUUUGUUAUUUCGAUAACGACGGUUUCUUGUAUGUUGUAGACAGAUUGAAAGAGUUGAUCAAAUACAAGGGCUACCAGGUUGCUCCAGCAGAGCUAGAAGAGUUGCUCCUAUCUCACCCACACAUACUCGAAGCUGCAGUUAUUCCAUACCCUGAUAAGGAAGCAGGCGAAGUGCCAAUGGCGUUUGUUGUAAGACAACCUCAAAGUUCCCUUGGCGCAGCAGAAGUAAUUGAUUUUGUUGCCAAACAGGUUACGCCAUACAAGAAAAUAAGGCGUGUGGCAUUUGUUGAUUCCAUACCCAAGAAUGCUUCCGGAAAGAUACUGAGGAAGGAAUUACGUAAAGUUGCGCUCUCUAGGUUAUAA